AUGGAGAAGAAGCGACGGGCGCGCAUCAACCUCUCCCUGGAGCAGCUCAAAACACUCCUGGAAAAGAACUACUCCCAUCAGAUCCGAAAGCGCAAACUGGAGAAAGCGGAUAUCCUGGAGCUGAGUGUAAAGUACAUGAAGAGUCUGCAGCACUCUGACCAAGGGGCCCCGCUGACCAAAAGCGCCGACUACCAGGCAGGCUUUCGGAGUUGCCUGCAAGGAGUACGCCAGUUCCUGCUGCGCUCCGAAGCGGCCAGCGAAGCCUCCUCCUUCCAGCUCCUGCACCAGCUAGCCCGGGCUCUGCCAGCGGCGGUCGGCGACUUCAGCACCACGGACAGCGGCCCCCCGGCGGCGCUCCCGGAACGUCGGCUCGCCGAGCUGGCCAGCUCCCGGGUCCCGGCGUUGCUGGCGCCCAGGAAAGCAAGGCCGCUCCAGGGGCGAGACAGCGAGGCCGCCAUCCCCUCGGGGGGAGGCCGGACUCAGGCGAGAGACGACCGGGAGCCGAGCGGGACGGCCCUCCCUGCGCGGAGCCAAGAGCUGUGGCGACCAUGGUGA